CCGCUCGCCCACUUCAAAGCUUCAGCUCAAUACCGUUACAGGGCCCUUCUUGAACCUUCUGAAGAUGCGAUGGAGUGCAAGAACUGUGAGCUGAGACAACGUCAGUACUAUUGUGCAAACUGUCUCAAAAACCAUCUACGCGAUUUCCGCCUUCAAACUCACCAUUUUUCCUCGGACAAAGUUGAGCAUAUUGCUCGUGCGUCUCGAGCAUUCAAAUCUAUCGAACCUGGUCGUCUCCUUCGUGCAAAGAUUGCACGAGCCGACCACAGCCUCGAUCAAUUAGCAGAUGAUCAUGCCAAAGUGAGAAGAGACUGCGAGAGCAAGCGCGACCGCCUCCGUACCCUACGAGAGACCCUUGCUCAGCGCAGACGCACACUUAACGCCGCACGCCUCCUUCCACCCCAAUCGCAAACGCUUGCCAAGGAGUCUCAGGAACUCUCUGUGCUGAGCCAAACGAUUGCUAGAGCACGUUCGGGCCUUGUACAAGAGCUCGUGGAGGUCUUUCACGUUGUCGAAUCCGGCGGACGGCCUGCAGUAGGCGGACGGCCAGGCGCUAGGGGAGAGUGGACUAUUGGUGGACUAGUUCUUCCAGUACCGGGAGAUGUUAGACGAUACCCACCGGAUCACAUCAACGCCGUGAUAACUUAUACCAUCCACUUUCUGGGACUUCUUACUUUCUACCUAGGCAUCAAACUCCCUUUUGAAAUUUCGUGGUCUUGCAGAAGACUCGGUGUUGGUAUGCCUUGGAUCGGAGCAGGACGAGGGAGUGAAUCCUGGGCAAAAUGGACGGCUAAACACCCUUUGCACCUCACCUCAAAUCCUCCCUCUACACCAUCUUCUCCAUCCUCCUCGCCGUCCCGUACUCCACUCACCUCGUUGGCCGACUCUGAAGCUCCAGAACAAGGGCCAGCACACAGCCAAAACCAAUCGUUCACGACGGGGCUUGCGAUGCUUCUCUACAACGUAUGCUACCUCGCUCAUACCCAAGGUGUCGAUAUUCCGUUGUCUCAGGCAGGUGAUGCAUUGAGUAAUUUGUGGGCUGUAUGUUGUAGCGGAGAACUUGGGCGUCGGUCGCACUCUACUGUCCCGCUCCUCUUGCCUCCAACCCCUGCAUCGUUCACGCUUGACUUUGCCCAGGUCCUCCAAGCUACUGCCGCUAGUCCUGCUCGAGCAGCACGAAUACGGCCGGGACGUUCAGCGCAAGAACCUGGCAUCGGCAGAACGAGGAGCGAACGUAUUGUGGAGGAGGAAGAUGGCUGGGAUGUAGUAGAGCUUGGUGGAGAAGAUGGAUUUGGAUAAAUGGACG